CGGGGCAGGCCGAGGAUGGCGCUGCGCUGCGCGGCCCCGGGCCGUGUCCGCUGGCUGGCGCGGGCACUGGCGGGCCCCGCUCGGCUCCUGCCGCCGCCCGCCGCCACCACGGCCCCGCCGGGGCCCGCCCGGCUCCCCCCGGCCCGGCCCAGCGCCCGGUUCGCCAGCACCGCCGGGACCGGCCCCGAGGGCCCGCAGCGGCGCGUGGUGGUGGUGAGGAUCACCAGCCCCUUCGCCUGGCUCCGCACCCGCUUCUACUACCUGCUCAUCCGCCUCUACUUCGAUCAGGAGUUCAGCAUCGAGGAGUUCACGCGGGGGGCCAAGCAGGCCUUUUCCGUUGUUUCAAAGCUGCUGUCUCAGCGUAAACUUGAGCUGCUGGAUGAACUUGUUUCACCAGAGGUACUUCAGGUGCUGAAGGAAAAGAUUUCUUUGCUCCCUGACAGCCACAGGGAUGCUUUAGCAGCUGACAUUGAUUCAAUCAUGUACACAACAGAAGGAGAUGUUCGCAUUUACUAUGAUGAUGAUGGAAGAAAGUUUGUAAGCAUCCUGAUGUGUUUCUGGUAUCUGAAUGGUGCUAAUCUACCUGAUGAAGUACCAGGUGGAGCCAAAGUUUUUCAGAUUGUGUUUGGAGAUGAAAGCACAAAAGAAAAAAAACAUCUUUUAACAGCAAACUACGAGUUCCAAAGAGAAUUUACAGAAGGAGCAAAACCAGACUGGACAAUUACACGGAUUGAACAUCCAAGGCUAUUAGAAUAAAUGCCUUCUACAGCCUUUUUAUGUACCAUUGUAAAUGUUCUAAUGUAACAAAUACCAGGAGUUUUUGGAUCUCUUUUUUUUUUUUCCUUCUUGCCCUUUCCUCCAAAAAAGAGGUGAAUUUUGUAUGUUUGAUUCUCAAAAAUUGUUUUUGAAACAUUCACUGUGCUGCACUAUUCCAAUAAAGCCUUUUCUCUGGAACAGGCUAGUACAAAUUUAAUUGGUUCCAAUGCUCAUCCAAGGCAUUUAGGCAGAGAAGCUUCACCCUGGCAGGUGUUAUGGGUAUGUUGACUUACAUUCUGAGAAGAGAUGGUACUGUUUGAAGAUAAACAACACUUUAAUGGCUGAUGGCCCUUCUGAGUUACUUUCCUAUGUUUCUUUUUUUCCCCUAGGGACUGUACAAUAUAUAACUGCACAAUAUGCAAGAUGAAAUAGAGGUAGAUGGACUUCUUAGAUUGUCUAGCCUCAGCAGUUCAUUUUGAGGUAAUCUUGCUUUUGAAUAUGUUUGAGAUUAAGAAAGUUAGAGCCAUUAUCAGUAUUUGCUACAGGAUUGGUGUAAGAAAAAAGCUUUUAGCAUUGCACUGGGAAAAUGCAACAAAGAGAUACAUAUGUUUUGAAAAAUUAAAAAACCAUUCCUUUCAAUUCAAUAACAUAUAAGCAAUUCCAAAUGUAGAGGUUCAUGAAAGAAAAAUCAGUUAAACCCAUGAAUUUAAAAGGCAGCCUGACAGUUAAGUUAAAUGAAGUCCUCUGUUUGAAAUGCAUGUUAAAGAAUGACCAAAUCCAUAAAAUUGAAUGUUGCAACUGAACAACUCAGUUUAUCUCUGGUUUUUGGAACGCGAGAAUCCUGGUGUAAGUAGCUUGAGGCUUUUUUUAAGUGAAUCAAAAGGAGAGCAUCACAACAGGUUUCUUCUUCCCUUAUAUCAACUUCAAAUAUAAAGCUGACUUUCUACCCAGACACGUUGUAGACAUUAGUGUAGUAUUUUGAAAGUAUAAGGUAUAAUUACUGUGAUUCAAAGUAGUUGUGAUUGAAAGGUAUAAAUUAAAUUUUCCAUGGUUCAGCUCUUUUGAUCCAGUGAUUUAAUGAGGGGAACAUUUAAAGCUUAUCAACAAGUUUUUAAUGUCAAAUCUUGGAAAAAUAAUUAUGCUACUUUGUUCUGCCUUAGCAGCAGCAGCCUGGCUUUAUAAUGCAGAAUUUGUGAUUUGUCCUCUGGACAAAGCUCACUGAUGACAGAGUGCCUUGUCCUCAGGGGAGAAGCAGAAUUCUGUGUAUAUAGCCAUUGUGUAUGCAGUCAGUCUGGAAAAGUUUGAGACAAAGCAAAAAAUGUUUAUUAUUCUGUGGGCCAUUUGCUCAAAGGUGGCAAGUCCAGUUUGGCUGCUGAAUGAUGUGCUGCAAGAAGCUGCAAUCAGACUUAUUUGACAGAGUAACAAGAGACAAAGCAGAACAGCAGUGAAGUGUGCAGAUGCACUUCUGAAAGAAGUCAUUGUGAUGGAGCAAAAUAAGAAAAAAGCCACUGAAGCCAUCUUCAUAUUCAGGAGUGUCUGCUUUCAUGUUUAAAUAACAUAGGUCUAUUUAGAAACACUGGUAUAUCUUAGUUUUUCAUUUGGGUUACUUUAUUAGUAUCUGUUUUGUAUGAUUGGAUAUAUCAGAAUGAGAGUCUCUGUCAUGACUGAUGAAGAAUUACCCUUUUACUAGUGAGUGCUCCAUUUUUGGUUGCAAAGGCAAACUAGACCCUUCUGUAUGACUGAUAAUGAAAUUUGUUUGUUUGUUUUGUUCACUAUAAAAUUGUGACUUGAUACAAACGUGCUCCAAAUUGAUAACACAGUUUUGCUGCAAAAGAUGUAAUUGAAAAUUUACACGCACUGCUUUACUCUUUUGAAGUUGUGUAUCUUGUGCAUUGGGGCCAGAGGGGGCAGCUGUUGGAUGUUUGUGGGUUUUUCCACCUCUAAGCUUCAUCUAAAAAAUUGUCCUGGAGACUGCAAAUCUCCAUCAGACACAGAACUACCUGUGGCCUUACUGCACCAUAAAUAAAUCAGAAAGGCAAAUAAAUUACAAAGCUUACUUUAUUGGAAAGUGGUUUUCUCCCACAGUGAAUAAAACUGGUGUAUUUAAUCUGGAUUUAUAGUCUAAUACUGGUUUCAGAAGAAAAAGCACCACCAUCACCCCACCUCAAAAAACCAGCACAUACAACCUCAACCCAACUUGUCAGUAAGAGACAGAUGUACAGCUUGGAGGACAUUGAAGUUUAUAGGAAGGUUUGACUCCUUUUUACCUGCCAGCCGUAAAUUCUCUGUCAUAAGUCUGAUCUUCAUAGCAGUUAAUCAGACUGAAGUGAAUGUCCCUAAAGGGCUAUCAUCAUCUUAUGACAUCCAUGUUUUCUCUCAUGGAAAUACUUUUCUUCUGUGUCAUUUGUUCAGGCAAAACAGGAACUCCUGGUCUCAAUAUUGCCAUCCAAAGGCAGCCAUAAAAAAUGUCUUUAGUUUCUUCAAGUGAAUAUAUUUCUAUAUGCUAUCAAGGCUGUCCCAAAUUCCUGUAGCAAAAAGGAUGAAUAAAAGGUUAAGUUUGCUUAAUCUCAAUCUAGACAAAGAUAGAAUAUUGUCUUGUAAUUUUGGGGUUUCCAGUGCUGCCAUUCAAACACCUCACCCUAAAAAUCAUAAUGAUAACUUUAGUGUUCAGAAUUCUAAAAAUGAACUAAAGGAAGUGUUUCAUUAGAAACUUCUCAUGGUUUGGGAAUAAUGAUGCUCAGCAGGGAAGAGUAGAAUGGUGUGGGGAUCCCAAAUUUUCCUAUGAUUUGUCUCAGACAUCACCUUUGAAAUCACAGUGUGUAAGGAUUUGGGUGUACCUAAUUUCCCUUCCAUAUAAUUACCUGGAUUCCAUUUCUGUUGCUUUAUGUGGGGGACAAGUACAAUUGAAAUUAUGGUGUGUAGCCUGUAAAUCCCCACACAUGACAGUCUAAAAUAUUUGCAGUUUUAGGCUACAAAUGUCUUCAUUCAGACCCCAUUAAUUCUUGAAAACAAUGUUACCAGGCUUGGUAGUGAUUUUUAGGUAAAAUUCAUAUCUCUUUUAGCAACACUUGUCAUUCAUUUUACACAGAACUGUAAGGUCACACGAGGUGUCUGGACUGCACUUCAGCUGGGGAUGGAGAUUCAAAGGACCUCAUUCUUCUCCCCUGUGAGAAAUCAUGUUUGUUUAGGUUCAUGUGGAGUUUGGGAAGCCUUAAUUUUUUAUUUGUCCAUCUAAAACUGUGGUCAUGUUUAAUAAUUCCUGACAGCUGCCUAGCACAAUUUCAAUGCCUGUGCCUAAAUCUUAACAAGCACUAAUUAAAUCUGACCAACAAAAUCCCCAUUAAUUUGCACACCCCACUCACCAGUAGAUGGCCUUGGCCACAAAGCUAUUGUGGCUGGGAAGUGACUGGCAUUAAUGAGAGUGUUAGCAGGGUAAAGAAUAAAAUGGAAGAAGCAUUAAAUGCUAUUUAAAUUAUUUAGGCUUGUCUUACUGAAAAUUCUUGGUAUUUCUGUUGGCUUUCGUCCUGAGUCAACGAUAGUGUCUUGUGUUCUCUCUGCAGUACCUGCCUAUUUUAAAGUGGCAAUUUGUCAGUGUUCUCAAUAUGGGGAAGAUCUGUUGUAUGUGUGAAUUCACACAGGCACCUCAGUGCCUGACAGUAGGAAAGCUUAUUUUUAUAUUCACAUGUUAAAGUAUGUUUAUCAUGUUGAUUGUGGUUCCUUUCUCUCCUGUUCCAGCAUUGCCUGAUUACUUCAGGGGACACAUUCAACUUUUUCCAGGGUUUAAGGCAUGUUCAAACAUGACCUUACCAUCACUUCAGGUUCUAUUUAGUUGUAAAUGUUGUGUUUGUCACAGUAGCAAUCAUCUUCCUUCAAAACUUCACAGCUCCUGGGCGUUUUUUGUGUCCUGUGGUUAAACUUGAUUUGUGUCCUGUGUGCUUCAUUGGCUGCAGGUGGGGGCCUUUGAGAUUCCUUGCAGGCUGUGGUCACAUGAUGGCUCACAGCCUAAAAUAAGAUGAGAUACAAGUGUGUGUAGUGGGAAGUAUUUUUAAUUUUAUUCUUCCCUCCUACAUGGGUGUGAUAGUUGAUCUCUAAGUGCUGGACCACGUGUGGGUGCAGGAGGAGGUAUUUAGCUGUUAAAAAAGAAGGUAUUGCCUACAUAGCCAUGCUUUUGUUCUUCUAAGGGAAAGGCAGCUGGGGCAAAUGGAAUUGCACAGUGAGUCAUAGGGGUUCCCCUCCUUGUCUUUUAUCUUCAUUUUCCAUUGCUGAAGUGCUAGUCUUUUGGAUUUUUACAGUCCUGCCAAAUAGGAUGCAGGUUAAGUAAGUCACUGUAUAUCUAUGGCACCAUUGAAAACACCCUGUUAAUCACAAUGCUUUCUGUCAGGUGUAUUUUGUCUGAUUUCAGUGAUGUGUCCUUUUCCUAAAAUAUGAUUCUCUUACUGGCGUUGGUAGGGAAAUUGUCAUGCAUUUUAAUGGGAGCAGACUGCAACUUUUUUGCUGCCUUUGAAGUUACUCCGUCAGAAAUAGAGGGAAGCUAAAAUUAGACAUGCUGUAGCUUCUUGUGUGCCAUUUCAUCGCUCCUCUGGCUGUCACAGAACAAGGCUUUUGAUAGUGAGCUUGGUACUGCAGUGCCAAGGGAGGCACUAAGAAAGGAGCAGGACAGCAAAGCAAAGUGCAGAGAAGAUGGCAUUUCACCAAGGAUGCAGCCCUUUGCCUUAAGGACAUGGGCUGUUUGGAAACAAGUGGUGAUGUGCCUUGAAUGUUCCUCUAAGCUAUAUUUUGCAGUUGACAGUAACCUUUUACAUAAAAAGCUCUGCUUCUGCACAGGUUUGUGUGUGGAGAAGAAAUCUGAGUUUCCGGGAUUAGAGGUGAAGUCCCACCUUAAGUUUGCAGAGGUUUCAUAGUCUGAUUGGGAAGGCGUGGAAGAGGCUGCCUGGAUAAAUCAGAGCAGCUAACAGGCUGUUUCUGCCUUACACUAAUUAGCAGCUGGCACAUCCCUAGAAAUUUGGAAUGAGAAAGGGGAAGGGGAAGUGCCUUGAUAAUCUCUCUCUUCUGAACUUUCUGGAACCACUUGGCAAGAGCAGCAUCCAUAAUGUAAGUCCCAGCUGCCAAGUCUGGGAGCAGAAGUUUCAGUGGUGCAAUUAAGAUGAAGUGGGUACCUUGUUACACCCCAGGAUCUGUCAGAACGUUGGCUUCUGUGCUUGCUGGUGGUGUUAAUGUUGUCUGAGGACCUUCAUGCUUCUUAUCUGCAGUACAGCCAAACAAGGUCAUUACUUGUGAUGUUAUUUUUUGUAGUGUUCGUUUCAUGAGAACUGAUGAGUGUAAAUAAUGCUUUGGGGGAUAUUUUUAUAUACUUUCAGAGGGAACAGGAUUGAGGGUCUGCAGUAUAAAGUGACAUACAAGCUACUGACAAUGAAUUCUUUUAGUCUAGAACCCAUGUCUUGCAAGGUGUUGACUACUUAACAGGUGAAGAUCUAAUCACUGCUGGUGUGAUUAGGGUGGAAGUUAAGUCAUGGAAAGGUCUCCUUGGAUUGGCAGCUGCCUGAAAUCUCUCAUUUCUGUAUGCUCAAAGUACAUAUAUUACUAAAAUCUGUAAUGAGCUUAGUCAUGUACUUUGUCCUUUUUAAUUAUCAAUGGGGUAAUUGUCCCUUAGGUAGGUGUACCUCAGGCUCAGCUCCCUAGAGCAGAACCUUCAGAGCUGUUAGCCUGUUUCCUACAUUUUUUCAUUAAGUCACUCUUUUUUUUUUUUUUUGGUCUGAGAUAAGAAGUGCUUUUCAUAAGGUAGAACAAUAGAGAAAUUGCUGAUCCUUUGGGUGUAGUGUGCCUCGUUGGUUGGUAUAGGAAUUCUUUGUGGACUUCUGCUUAGGUGUGUUCUCAGAAGGCAUCAUUCCUGUUGUUAUAGUUCAGUCUCUGUGUGAUUUCCAUCUUUCUGUCCAGCCCUCUGUCUAAGAAAGUAGUAAAACAUUUGUAUGAGUACUUGGCAAGAUGGCAGAAUCAUCUUGUCUUGAACUGUAAACUGUUAGAUGGUGUACCUACUGAAAAGUUUCCGAAGCAAAUCUACAGAAUGUAUGUUGAGUCUGAAUUUGUAUCAGCUGCAUUAAACCAGUAAUUAUAAGAAAAUCUUAGGCAGCAGGAUUUCUUCUGUGAGUAAGGGGGGGCUUUUUCUGUUGUUCACAUUGUUCUGUGGUGGGGUUUUUUUGUAUUUUGGUUUUUUGUUCUAUCCUAAACACCAGUUAGUCAAAGGAAAAAGAAAGUGUUCCAUUGCUAAGAGAUAGUAUAGACAUCUAAGGAAAAAGUGAGUUCUUUAUCUGGGUGGUCAUUUUUGCAUAUUUCAUGUUCUACUUUCAGAUUCUGUUUGGAAAGAAGUGGGGGUUUUUUAAUGCCAAAUUGGUAAUGUUUGCUGACUUUCUCUGCUGCAGAGGCUGUUGCUUCCUGAUGGAAUCAUUUGCAUGAAUUUUGCCCAGUUUUCUGCCAGUACAGCUUGUGCUGCAGGGUCUCCUGCAGCGUACAAUUUAAUCUCUUGCUUUCAUUUCACUCAAGUAUGUAGGUUUCAGCAGGGGCAGCUGGGUGAAGGUUAGUGCCUGCAUUAUACGGGAGAUCUGCUUGAGUGAUCCAAUGGCUGCUUCUGGAAAAAUCUGUGAAAUUAUAAUAGCAGAAGUAGGGAGAGGAAGGGGAUCAAAGGUGGGUGGUAAUGUAAGAUUUGUAUAAAGAGGAAGCUGUAUGUAUUCUGUCUCUAGAGCAGAAGCUGUAUCAGUCCUGAAAUGAAAACAAGUUUAGCAAAACAGAAAAUUCAGUGCUGUGUCUGGAUGUUGUUCUCUCAGCUAAAAGGCCAAAAACUUCCCUCACAACUGAGGCAAGGAGAAUUUCUUGUAGGAUUCUGAGGUGGUGUCCUGGUUAUCAGAAAGAAACAAAGUCUAGAGGACUUGCCUCAGUUUUGAGGGAGGUCUUCAGAACACUUUACAUAGUGAAGACACGUGUGCUGAAGCCUUCAUUUGCAAGAACCCGAGAUUACUUCUCUCCAGCAGUAGUCAGUGCCUUCUCAUGAGACUGUCUGAUAUGUUCAGUCUGCAGUCAAGUGGCCUUUGUGCUUUUCUACUUAUUUACUGUCACACAACCCUCUUCUUUCCUAGCCUUCUGACAGAUGAGUAGCUGGUGAUACUCACAGAUGCAUUGAUCCCAUCUCAGAAUCAUUUGGUUGUCCUUCCUCAAAAAUCUCGGUGUCUCUAAUAGCCUGACCACACUGAGCACACUGCUGCAGAUGACCCUGCUGUAUUUAUCGGGUGUUGGAAUAAUUUCCUCUAAUUUCAUACUUAUAUUUAUGAAUUUUCAAGCUUAAUUUGCAGGAUUUUAUUUCUCCUGUUAAGCAUAGUACCAGAGAGUUCUUGAUGGUUCUCCCAAGCAUUAUUUUCUGACCAUGUGUGUGACCAUUAGGGAUUUCUUUCCUUGUUUCAUUUGGGUUUUUGUCUAAUCACACACUGCCAAUAUAAUGAAAAAUAUAGUCUGUUUUUUCCUUGUCUUUAACCUUGUGUGUUCCUAGUUUUUCUUUUAUAUUCAGUAUCCUCUUCCCUUUCUUUCUUGUUCAUUUUGCUUUCUUUAUGGUGCAUUAUGUGAUUAUUUCUUUCAUCCUGUGCCCAGAAAAAAGAUAAAAUCUGUGUUUCAAAGAUUAUGCCCAAAGCUACUUAAAGAAAAAAAAAAAAAGGUUUGCUGAUUCAGACAUUCAAAAAAUGCCAGAGGAAGGCCAGCAUUAGUUUCCUGUACUCAGAUUUUCGUGAGCUCUUAUCUUGCUGCCUGUCUGCAUGUCUCUGCUGGGACAGGCACAGCUGUGUCCCUUGAAGUCAAGGCCUGUCUAGAUGCAAGUGAUUCUGAAAAUUAACCAGUGUACAUGUCACAGUGUGUGCCCCCUCCUACACACAUCUCUAGUCAUAUUCUUAUGUAAAUCGAUACCCAAACUCUCAACACAGUUUAUUUGAUACGUAAAAUUUCUGUGUCCGGUUCAAGCACUAAAGCACUAAUCCCGCCAAUUGUUUGAGCACAAAAGACCUAAUUGUUUGCUUUAGCUUCCCUGCUGCUUUACUAAGACAGUGCCCCUGUAACUUAUAUUUAUAUGAUCUUUCCUUAUUGCUUAAAUUUUUCUUGAAGUUUCACUAGACAUUUACUUAAAGAACCCUCCCUGUACCAUUUGGGUGUAGAAUGAGCUACAAAACAAAGAGGACUUUGAAAGGAUUCAUUUAGAUACACAGUGUUGCUUGCUUGCUUCUUAGCUGGUUUGCUGGGCUUUGUGGUUUGUGAGAGCCGUUGUGGGGGAGUUUUGAAUUGCUUUCUCAUCUCUCUUAAUUUCUUGUUUGCAUUCACAACAGGCUGCCUGUUUUAGUAGUCUUCUAUAUUUCUCCCCAGUGGACUAUAUUUCCUGUUUUCUUUGUGAACAGCACCAUAUGUAAUUGCUUUACCAUUCUUGCUUUCUUCCUGAAUGAAUUGGGAACUAUUUUGGAGCUUUUAUCCAGAUAUACAUCCCACUCCCAAGCGUAUGAGCUCUCUGUGUUCCCAAGUUAGUACUGAAUAAGACUGUUUUGAAAUCCUCAUAUGCACUUUCACGUAUUUUGUUUUCACUUGCCUGCAUUUCUUUGUGAGCCUUGACAGCACCUUGCUGAUGCCUCAGUGAUCUGGAACACACAGGUAUCUGAGGAAAGUGGCUUGAUGCUGUCACUUUAGUUAUUCUUAAGCUGGUAAUCCUGAUCAUUAAUGAAGACCACAUCUAAAUACGUGGUCUUUGUGGGUUUGCUCGUAUUACUGUGUUUUAUGUUUUGGUUUGGGUUUGCUGGUUGUGGCUUGUUUUCUUUUUUUCUUGGUUUGUUUUUUUUCUCCCCAAAUGCUGCAUCCAACUUAAUGUUUCAUAAAGCAAAUCACUGAAUAAAUUUGUAACUUCUGUCAUCAGGGCCUUCAAUGCCUGAGGUGCUUCCUGUUUCAUAUUCGCAAGGCUGAAGUUGCACAUAAUUAAAAUCCUGUCAUUUCAGCAUGAA